AUGGGGGAGUCAGAUGAGCCCCAGUACUACUAUGAUUCCGUAGCCCAGCAGUGGUGGGUGUAUAACACGGCACUUGGCCAAUGGGAGCUGUGCCCUGAGAGUGAACUGUGCCCUGAGAGUGAACACACAGAAGUAGCCCCAGCCGAGCCUGCAGCUGAGCAGGAGCAGCAGCUGCAAGACAUGCAGCAGCAUGAGCAAUAUCAGCCAGAUGCUGACAGCAUAGCAGCAGCUGUUGCUGGCAGCGCAGACGGUGAUGCCACUCCGGUCACGAGAGCACCAGAAGCAGCAGCAGAGGCAGCAGCAGCAGAAUCAUGUCAGCAGCCUUUGAGUUCCGAAUCUUCAGAUGUGGCUAUCUCAUCAUCUCCAGCAGCGGGCGCAGCGGGAGCAGCUGCGGCUUCUCCCGUAGAACCUUCUAAGCCGCGCCGUCGUGGAGUGAGUGUGGUGGCGUUCAAGAGCUCGGACUCCAGCAGCAGCAGCAGCAGCAGCAGCAGCCCCGCGUCUGGAGUUUCUCGCCAAGCGUCCGGCGCAGAGUCCGAAGGAGGCGUGGACGAAAUAGGCAACGCCUUGGACCGCCUAAUGACCACCAACUUCUCUCGGGGUCUCACCCGCAACUGGGGCUCGGGCUCGGACUCAGGCUCCUUUCCCUGGGCAGUGCGGGGGGCUGCAGCAGGAGGCAGCAGCGGCAGAGGCAGCGCAGCAGACUCCGGCAGCGAAAGCAGCCAAGACACCGACAGCCCCAGAGAGCCCACCCCCGAGCCCAUUGUCCGAAGGGUCACCCGCCGAAUGACCUUCAAAGAUAUGGGCGGCCUCGCCGGCUGCCUCCAGAAAGCAGUGCAGCUGCGCCAGGAGCUCAUAGACACAGAGAAAGGGGGGCAUGUGCCUGGUACAGAAGACUCGGAAACAAAAGAAGAGGCUUGGAAGAUCCGGGCCAGAACAGCAGCACAGACCGCAGGAACAGCAGCACGGGAGAGGGCAAGGAGUUUGUGGAAGGCUGCUGCUAAAGAACUAGCAGCUAGCCACCAGCAGCAGCAAAGGACACCCCACGCAGGCGCACAAAGAUUCGCAGAUAUUGUGACCCUUGUUGCAGCUGCGAGGGCCAAAGAUCGUGGUCUCGAAAAGAGCGGCAUCCUCCGUGCGUCAGCGGAAGCAGAUGCAGCAGCAGUUGCAGCAUCAAAAGCAGGAGCUCUUCACUUAUCUCCCAUGGGUGCUGCUUGGGACAGGAGGAAAACUGCAGACUUAACAGGGCGAAUCAGAUUUGCUGAUGUCACUCUUACUGACCCGACCAAUCAACACCAGGUGUCGGGCCUUCUGGGUGCUUCUGGGAGGAGAAACACGGUGGCAAUUCCGGGUGCUGCUGCUGCUGAUCGUGCUGCCGCGGAGGCCGCAGAGGCGGCCGCAGAGGAUGUCGCUACUGCAGCACAGCCACAAACACCAAUCCCACAGGGGAAUUCGGGAUAG